AUGGAGGAGUUAAAGCGGAGCGCAUUGGCAGCGCUGGAUCUGUAUUCAAAGUAUGCUCGAGUCUGGAUCCCAGACACCACAGAGGUGUGGAGAUCAGCAGAGCUCACCGCAGACUACAGCCCUGGAGAAACUGUACUACAUCUACAGCUGGAGGACGGCACAGAGUUGGAAUAUAAGCUGGUCUCAAAGUAUGACGUCCUGCCUCACCUCCGUAACCCAGUCAUCCUGGUGGGCGAGAAUGACCUUACGGCUCUCAGCUACCUCCAUGAACCAGCCGUGCUGCACAACCUCUGUGUCCGAUUCACAGACUCCAAGCUUAUCUACACAUACUGCGGCAUCAUCCUGGUCGCCAUCAAUCCUUAUGAAAGUCUUCAGAUCUAUGGAGCUGACAUCAUCAAUGCAUACAGUAGGCAGAAUAUGGGCGAUAUGGACCCUCAUAUCUUUGCUGUGGCAGAGGAGGCCUAUAAACAGAUGGCCAGAGAUGAGAAGAAUCAAUCCAUCAUCGUAAGUGGAGAAUCUGGAGCUGGGAAGACUGUGUCUGCCAAAUAUGCCAUGCGUUAUUUCGCAACGGUCAGCUCUUCUGCAGAAGCCAGUGUGGAGGAAAAAGUGCUGGCGUCCAGCCCCAUCAUGGAGGCGAUAGGAAAUUCCAAGACAACAAGAAAUGACAACAGUAGUCGAUUUGGGAAGUAUAUCGAGAUUGGGUUCGACAGGAAACACCACAUCAUUGGGGCCAACAUGAGGACAUACCUUCUGGAAAAGUCAAGAGUGGUGUUCCAGGUGAGAGAGGAAAGAAACUAUCAUAUCUUCUAUCAGCUCUGUGCCUGCGGCCAUUUACCCGAGUUUGAACCUUUGAAGUUAGAUAGUGCAGAUGACUUUCCCUACACUAAUCAAGGCAGAAGCCCUCUCAUAGAGGGAGUGAAUGACCUGAAGGAGAUGCAGGCCACUAGGAAAUCCUUUUCACUGUUGGGAAUUACUGAGACACACCAAAUGGGUUUAUUCCAAAUCCUGUCUGGUAUUCUUCAUCUGGGGAAUGUGGAAGUGAAGGAGAGGGGAUCAUCAAGCUGUGCCAUCUCUGAUGAAAAUGGCCACCUGGCAGUUUUCUGUGACCUUACUGAGGUAUCGUACGAGUCUAUGGUUCACUGGUUGUGCCACAAAAAACUCAAGACUGCCACAGAAACCUUGAACAAGCCUGUAACCAGAAUGGAGGCUGUAAACGGCCGCGACGCUCUCUCAAAGCACAUUUACGCCAAACUCUUCUCGUGGAUUGUUGGGAAGGUCAACAUGGCCCUGAGCACUUCCUCCAAACCGUACUCGUUCAUCGGUGUCCUAGACAUCUAUGGGUUUGAGACGUUCGAACUGAACUGCUUCAAACAAUUCUGCAUCAAUUAUGCCAACGAGAAGCUCCAGCAGCAGUUUAACAUGCACGUCUUUAAACUAGAGCAAGACGAGUACAUGAAGGAGCAGAUUCCAUGGACGCUCAUCGAUUUCUACGACAACCAACCCUUCAUUAACCUGAUCGAGGCCAAGAUGGGCUUGCUAGAUCUUUUAGACGAAGAAUGCACUAUGCCAAGUGGUUCCGAUGACUCUUGGGCACAAAAGCUGUACAACACUCACCUGAAGAAAAGCUCUCACUUUGAGAAACCUUGUAUGUCUAACCAAGCUUUCAUCAUCCAGCACUUUGCAGACAAGGUUGAAUACCAGUGUGUUGGAUUUUUGGAAAAGAAUAAUUAUAUUGUAUUGUUCAAUGAAGAGCAAAUUAAUGUACUAAAGGCAAGCAAGUUCGCCUUGCUUGCCGAGCUCUUCCAGGAUGAGGAAACACCUACAGCUCCGAGCACCACGGCACCAUCUGGUCGUGCAGAGUUUAAACGGCCCACUCAGUCUUUCAGGGAGCACAAGAAAUCGGUUGGACUACAGUUCCGGAAUUCUCUACACCUACUCAUGGGCACUUUGAACGCCACCACCCCACACUACGUGCGCUGCAUCAAACCAAAUGACCUUAAAGCCCCCUUUAUGAUGGACCCCCAUCGAGCCGUUCAGCAACUCCGAGCGUGUGGAGUCCUUGAAACCAUUCGUAUCUCAGCUGCAGGCUUUCCUUCCAGGUGGACUUAUCAAGAAUUCUUCAGCCGCUAUCGUGUUCUAAUGAAGCAGAAAGAUAUCCUGUCAGACAGGAAGCUGACCUGCCAGAGUGUGCUAGAACGGCUUGUGCAGGACAAGGAUAAAUAUCAGUUCGGAAAAACGAAGAUCUUCUUCCGAGCUGGUCAGGUGGCUUAUCUGGAAAAGCUGAGGGCAGACAAACUCCGCAAAGCUUGCAUCCACAUCCAGAAAACCAUUCGGUGCUGGGUCGCACGUAAGAUGUACUUGCGUAAUCGCCAAGCGGCCAUUACCAUACAGAGAUAUGUGAGAGGACACCAGGCUCGAUGCUUGUGCCAUACUAUGAGAAGGACGCUGGCCGCAGUGAUCUUUCAGAAGAACACACGCAUGUGGGCGACUAGACGACAGUACCAGCGACAGAAAGCAUCAGCAAUUCUCAUUCAAAGGUUACUGCGCGGCUAUGCAGCCAGACUGGAGUACAAGCGGUUGGUGUGCGAGCGCAAGGCUUUACUGAUCCAGCGAUGGGUGCGUGGCUUCCUGGCCCGUUGGCGUUUCCGUCGCAUCAAGCGGGCUGUGGUGUACCUGCAGUGUUGUGUUCGCAGGAUGCUAGCUCGCCGAGAGCUCAAGAAACUCAAGAUAGAAGCCAGGUCAGUCGAGCACUACAGGAAACUCAACUUCGGCAUGGAGAACAAGAUCAUGCAGCUUCAGAGAAGACUGGACGAGCAGCAUAAGGAGAACCAAGAGCUUACAGAGCGAAUAAGUGAAGCGGAGACCCAAAAUGCUGCUGAGAUGGAGAAGUUGAACCUGCAGUUUAAGAAGCUUCAAGGGUCUGAAGAAGAAGCUUGUCAUCGUACAGACCAGGUGACAUUGUUGCAGGAAGAAUUGGAGUUGGUCCGUCAAGAGUUGGAGAGGAACAAGAGUUGUCCGCAGAUGGUAGCUGAGCUGAAUGAGAGGAACAGUUUGCUGAAGAGUGAGAAAGAUGAAAUGAACAGACUUAUCCAAGAACAGGAGACACAGAUAAUAGAAAAGUUGGAGGCGACCCAUCAGGAGGUCACAGAGCGCCUUCAGGCACAACUGAACGAGGAACACUUCCGUUACCAAAACCUACUGAUGGAGCACCUGAAACUGGAGGACCGCCAUACUGAUCUGAAAUCAGAGAUAGAAGCGGCUGCACAAGAGGAAACACUUCGCACUCUGUUGCUGGUGUCACAGUUACAAACUCAGGGUCAGUCCCAUGAAAAGGAGGUGGAGGGCAUGAAGGCGGAGUUUCAGCAGUUAAGGGCGGAGCUUGAUCAGCAGCAGCAGCAGAUGCUUUCGGACAAUCCUGAACUUCCGCAGGAUGCACGAAUACAAGCUAGCCUACAGCACGAGAUCAGUCGCCUCACGCAACAAAAUCUGGACCUUUUGGAGCAGAUGGGCAAACAGGACAAGAUGAUCCGCAAACUAAAUAAACACCUGAAAAUCUAUGUGAAAAAGUUUGGGGAGCCUGAGGGUGUUCAUAUUGAACAGUCCACGCCAGAGAACAUGAUUGAUGAGAGCGGACGAAUGGUCGGUAUCGCUCGUAAAGAGAGAGACAUCCAGGGUAUGCUGGAGUACAGGAGAGAGGACGAGAGCAAACUGCACAAGAUACUUAUCACAGAGCUCAAACCACGAGAUGUGGCGGUGAAUUUGAUCCCAGGCCUGCCUGCUUAUAUUCUCUUUAUGUGUCUGCGACAUGCCGACUACGCCAACGAUGACCAGCGGGUCUCCACACUUCUGAACUCCACUAUCAACUCCAUCAAGACCGUACUAAAGAAAAGAGGUGAUUUUGAAACCAUCUCAUUCUGGUUGACCAAUACCUGUCGCUUCUUGCAUUGCCUUAGGCAGUACAGUGGAGAAGAGGCAUACACAAAGCACAACACUCCUCGGCAAAACAAGCACUGCCUGACCAACUUUGACCUGUCUGAGUACCGUCAGGUUCUGAGUGAUCUGGCGAUUCAAAUCUACCAGCAGCUCAACAGGGUCAUAGAUAAUAUUCUACAUCCCAUGAUUGCCCCUGCCAUGUUGGAGCAGGAGACCAUUCAGGGUGUGAUGGGUGUGAAGCCCACAGGAAUGAGAAAGCGCACUAUCAGUUUCCGUGAGCAGACCUCUUACACGCUAGAGUCUAUUUUAAAACAGCUGGAUGGAUUCUACAACACACUGCUUCAACAUGGCAACGACACUGAUCUUGUUCGACAGUUCAUCAAACAGCAGUUCUACGUCAUCUGCUCUGUCACAUUAAACAACUUGCUGCUUCGCAAGGACAUGUGCUCCUGGAGUAAAGGUCUGCAGAUCAGGUAUAAUGUUUGUCAGUUGGAGGAGUGGUUGCUGAAUAAGGAUCUUCAGGGCAGCGGUGCGCGUGAGAGUCUGGAGCCUCUGAUACAGGCAGCUCAACUUCUGCAGAUCAAGAAGAAGAGCCAGGAUGAUGCAGAUGCCAUCUGCACCAUGUGUACUGCACUCACAACUGAACAGAUUGUGAAAAUUCUCCGCUUGUACACACCAGUUAAUGAGUUUGAGGAGAGAGUAUCUAUAUCAUUCAUAAAGUCCAUACAGACUUUAAUAAAGGAUCGUAAAGAGUCUUCUCAGCUUCUGAUGGACGCUAAGAUAAUUUACCCCGUCACUUUCCCCUUCAACCCUUCAUCUGUUGCUCUCGAGGCAAUCCAGCUGCCCAGCAGCCUCAAUCUGAGCUUCCUCACCCGGGUUUAAAAACAGUGAACAGACCAGUAAUGUCACCCACCAUGAAGAUGAUGCCCAGCACUGCCAACCACCUCCGCAGGUCAGAUGCAGGA